GUCACAGUCAGUCACAUUCUGAAGUAGAAUGGCGGCCGCUGUAUGUGGCCUUCAGUCCAUUGGCAGGACCAGCAACAACGGCAGUAAACCGGCCAAAGCACACCGAGAGCAGCGAAGGAAAGCCAGAGAUUCCAAAAGGAGACAGGCGGCCGUGUUGUUCCUCAGCAAUAUCUCACUCGACGGACGGCCUCAGUGUCAGUUGAACCCCGACAAUGCUGCUCGAAAAGCCGCCGUGGAUCCGCCAGGGUCCCCGCCUACACAGAGCCAAGGGCCGGUGUCUCGGGUGGCGGAGCCCGCACCGUUGGCUGGUAGCUCUUCGUCCAGUUUCCCCGGAGUCUUCAGUCCUUCGGUCCGGUCUGCCGGGGCCAACGAGGUGUUUUUGGACGGUGGCGGUGUUGCCGAGACCCCGGACACCCCGCUGUCCAACUUGACCGGCGCUCAGCAGCCUUUUGUCUCCCGUGGUCGCGUAGACCCGGCAGUGAGCCCUCUGCCCGCCGGACAGUCUCUGGAUUCCCGACCCAGGUUGAGAAAUGUUUCCGGUUCUCCUGGACCCAAGGUGCCAAAGAAGGUCCACUUCAUCAAGAGUAUGAGGCAGUAUGAUACCAGGGGAUGCAGGAUCAUGCUGAUUUGUGCCAGGCGGUCGCUAUACGCUGCUUUCUCAGUGCUGCCCUAUGGAGAGAUUGCUCAGCUCAGGUACAGUGAUGCUAAACUGGAGGCGCAGCGAAGGCAGUCCUCGGUGGCGGCGGCUGACCUGCUUCCUUCACUGGAGGGCGUGGAGAUGGGCGCGUGCGGCAAAACCGUGUCGUACGCUCAGUUCCUUUAUCCGACCAACGCCUUGGUGAGACAGAGGAGCGGCAGCGCGCCAGAAAACUGCACAGCUCAGACCCCUCUGACGCGUUUUCGUGGCAACGGGCCGAGGACCUUUACCCCUUCUCGCCUAAAUAGCACUGUGGCACAAGAACCAUAUAUGGAAGAGGUGGCAGAGUAUGACCCCAACCUGCUCAGUGACCCUCAGUGGCCCUGUGGGAGACACAAGAGGGUUCUGAUAUUUGCAUCUUAUGUGACGACAGUUAUAGAGUACGUCAAGCCAUCAGACUUGAAGAAGGACAUGAACGAGACCUUCAAGGAGAAGUUCCCUCACAUCCUGCUGACGCUCAGCAAGAUCAGAAGCCUGAAGAGGGAGAUGCGGGCGGUGAGCGAGGAGUGCGGCCUCCAGCCGGUCACAACAGCGAUGGCGUUCGUUUACUUUGAGAAGCUAGUGCUGCAGGGGCGCCUCAACAAGCCCAACAGGAAGCUGGUGGCGGCCGCUUGCGUGCUGCUGGCUGCCAAGAUCAGCAGUGACCUGAGGAAACCCGAAGUCAAACAGCUCAUCGACAAACUGGAGGAGCGUUUCCGUAUAAACAGACGAGACUUGGUUCCUCUGGAGUUCCCUGUGCUGGUUGCCUUGGAGAUGGGACUCUACCUGCCCGAGAGCAAGGUCAUGCCGCAUUACCGACGGCUGGUGCAGCAGGGAUAGACUGCAGCGUGCCACGUACUAGUACGCCAUUACUACGACUACUACCACUAGUGCCACUUUUGGCCUCCUACUACAUGGACCUGAAGCUGGAUAUCAGGAGCAUUUGUUCGAAAUCCUUGAUAUCCGGCUUAUGUACGGCCUUUGUUCUCACAAGUACGUCAAUUCAGCGCACUAGUUAGAAUGACUGUCUUACUAGUAGUAACGUUUUUUUCAGACUACUCAAUGGCAUUUCUGCACAGUAGUAGGACAGUGACGUGCGGUGAGGUUCAUGAUUGGUGAGCCACUGACUAGUCACGUGACGUCUGGAGCUCGAUGAAGCUCAACUCAACACUGCCACAUGCUGGUUGUGGCACAAUACAUACCAGACUCCACUGUGCACUUUUAGUGGCUUUUCUGGUCAAUAAGAAAGACGAAAGGUCACACUUUCAUAAAAUAUGUUAGUCUGUUAAACGUCAGUAAGUGCAGUAUAUGUGUGAUAAAACGUAUAUUAUUGGCGAUGUAAUGAGGAAACACCAAUGUCUCUUGUGUGAAGCCACGGACCAGUCACAGCCUGUCUGAAUGGAUGUGUGUGUG